GGGCCUAACAAAUUCUUGAAGCACUGGGUCUAUAAGAAUAAACCAAGCGCCGUAGUCGCAUGCAGGCCAAUGCACCAGACCGACGUUUAUCAGUCCGAUACAACUGGCACCUAAUACAACGCCUAAACACAAAUCCACCACUAAGUCGUUGAGUGAGCACACUUUCGUGCUGUCCGCAACAGCCCGUAGUCGCAUGCAGGCCAAUGCACCAGACCGACGUUUAUCAGUCCGAUACAACUGGCACCUAAUACAACGCCUAAACACAAAUCCACCACUAAGUCGUUGAGUGAGCACACUUUCGUGCUGUCCGCAACAGCACCCGUGAUGGUGAACAUGCAACGGCAACGAGUCUGCGAGAAACUCCAGGCCAUAUCUACACACAGCUUCCUGGUACCGUGUAUCUGAUCGACUUUAUCGACCAACACCGAUGAAUGAAUAAGCAUGCAAAGUACAGUACGGACAACUUGCCGCGCGCCCUGUCACUGAGCGUGUUGCUCAUGCCGCCUUGGGCAUCAGCAGAGCAAAUAAGAGCAGCAAGCGUGUGACACACUAUGGCAAGACUCGUGUGCGCCAACGGGAGCACGCAGCCCUGGUGCAUCACGAACAGAAUCGACGAGAAGGGAAACCGUCACCAAACCAAAGAGGAGGAGGAGGAGGGGAUCCCCUCGAGAGGGCCCCUCCAGAGGGGGGCUCCUCCUCGACGGGAUCCCCUCGAGGAGGAGGAAGAGGAAGAGGAGGAGGAGGGGGGGCCCGACGCGGGGAGCUCGAGGGAAGGGCGGCGGCAUCGGCAUCGGCGGCGCCCCCUCCACCACAGGCCUGUGGGAGAAGACAGCGGCGGCAUGUGGCCGGCUGUCGCGUGCACGGCGGCGCCCCGAGCGAGGGGCGGCGCCUUCAAAAAAGAGGGGCCAGCAGAGCUGCUGCUGCUGCUGCUGCUGCUGCUGGCCUGCGGCCGCGCGACCGCGCACCUCCCCAGUCCCCCAUCUCCCCCGCGUCGAGGGAGCAGAGAGGACAGACUGGUGACGUUGAGAGCCCUAUCAGAAGAACCGCGCCAGAACCUAGCAUGAAGAAGAUGGCGACCGAUGUGGGGAAUCGCUCAGGCCUGGCCAAGACGGCCCCCGCGUCAAGUGAGCAGGGAGGACAUAGUGGUAGCGUAAAGAGCCAGAUCAUAAGAACCAGACCAGUACUAGUAUGAAAAAGAUGGCGAACAAUGUGGACAAUCGCCCAGGCCUCGCCAAAACGGUCCGCUCGUCAAAAGAACAGGGAUGACAUAAAGGUACCGUUAAGAACGGCAAUCGCCCAAGCCUGGCCAAGACGGGGGAAGAGAGAAGAG